CGAACACCUCCCGUCACCCCCAUGCUCGCACUGCACUGGCUGCUCAACACAGUCACCGCCGUUCCUCGUCCAUCUCCACCUUAUCCUUCCCAAAGACUAUCCCCGAGCACUGCCAUCCUCCUUCAGCAUCACGCCCACUGGACAUUUCCGCGACUCGCCCGCAGGCGCGAGGGCUGCCAUUAUGCCUCGAUAUAAGCGCACCGCCGAGACUGCGCAGCUCGAGAAGGCGCUGGAGCCGACUAUUGCGCCAGAGACACAGGCAAUGCGCGCGACGCUGCGGAACAUGUGGGAGUUUGCCAGCCUGAUGCAGUACAUUUUCUUGUUUGGACAUGUGGUCAAGAUCGACGACGACCUCGACAUUGAGGACCUGGAGCACGAGUGCCUGCAGCCCACUCCAAGUGAGAAGCUGGCCCGCAUUGGGCUGCAGCUUCUCAAAUACGUGUCGUCGCACCGCGGCCUGACGCUCGAAAUAUUCGACGAAUACACGCGCCGCCAGUAUCUCGCCAAGGCACCACAUCGCAAUCCCUUUGGCGAUGAUGAGGAGCCAACCAAAUUCAACGACUUGGACAUCUACACUCGUGUGAAAGUGUUGCAGCAACUGAGUGUGUGGACCUUGGGCAAUGCGGAGCGUAUACGAGGCAUGAUGCCUCAAGAGGAGGAUCAUCUCAGCUGGCGCAUCGAACCCCUAGGCUGGGACAAGGAAGACCGCUCGUAUUAUGUGCUGGACGACAAUAGACUGUACCGACGCACCGAUGAGCCGCCACCGCCGCCAACGCCACAGCCCAAGAUCAAGGCCAAGAGUGCCAGCAAAUCGAAGAGAAAGACGCCCUCUAGGGGCACACGCGCAAGUAAGCGGAGAAAGCUUGAGGAGAGCGAAGAUGAAGAGCUUGAGGAGCAGCCCGAAGCAGAUAACACCGCGAUCGAAGACACACUGAUGACCAACGGCGGCGACGAGACUGCGCCCGAGGACCCGGAUAGCGCUGGCUAUGGCUUUACAAGGAAAACGUGGGAGUUGGUGGCCGUGACGCUGGAGGAGUACCAGGAAUUCAUGGCUAGCAUCUUCCGAUCCCGCGAUCCCAACGAAAAGCAGCUUCGUGCAACCAUUGAAGAGGACGUUAUGCCCAUCAUCGAGAAGCGAGCAGAAGCGUUACAGGCAAAGCGGAUGAAGAAAGUUCGCGAGCUCGAAAAUCUCCAGAAGAUGGCGACUGCCAAGCGAUCUUCAAGAUUAGCAGACAAGGCAGACAAGGAAGCCGAGGCGCGGAAAGAGCGUGAAGCGCAAGAGCAGAGACAGCACGAGCUCAAACUGGCGCGCGAGGAGCAGGAGAGACAGAAACGUAUCGAGGAAGGCCACGAGUCGAGACGUCUUACACGAGAGCAGCGUGUGCGAGAGCGAGAAGCAAAACGCAUCCUGCACGAAGAGGAGUUAGCGAGGCUAGAGGCGGAAGGCGAACGCGCCGGAUCACAAGACGUACCAAACGAUGAUGCUGAUGCUGAUGCGAAGCGCGCCUCUGGACGCCAGAGACAAACGCAGCGCGAAAAACACAAGAAAGAACUCGAAAAACUUGCCGCAGAGGAUGGCAGCUGGUAUUUCGACUGCUCAGUAUGUGGACAGCACGGCGAGAACAUGGAUGAUGGAUCGCACAGUAUAGCAUGCGACAGGUGCAAUGUUUGGCAACACAGCAAGUGUCAUGGAUACACGCCCAAGCAGGCUGAGCAGGAGACGUUCACCUUCAUCUGCGGGACGUGCAAGCGGAAAGAAGCGGAUGCUCAGAAGCCCAAGAUUCCACCGCUGAAGCUGCACAAUCGAUCGAGUGAUACUCCCGAAACUCAGAAGAGUGGCAGCCGCCCAGUCACAGCGAAUGGGCAGCAUAUGCAGCAGCUGUACACUUCGUACUAUCCAGGUACUGGACCACAAAAUACAGCUGACUACCAAAAGUCGCCUCCUGCGCAGAUGCAGACCCAGAUACAAGAGACUGCGGGAUAUAGGUAUCCGCCAGUCAGCAAUUUUGCACCACGAUCUGUGCAAGUACCGCAGAGCAACGGCCAGCCGAAUGGCCCACGUUCCCAAGCUCAGCUGCCAUUGACGAACGGAAACGGACAGCGAGCACCAUCGCAUCACCAGCAGCAUCAGUACGCGCAUAAUAGCGCUAUCGCCACUGCAGGUGGCCAUCCGCCGCAGGCCCAGCAUAUGUUUCCGCAUCAACAACAGCACUCGCAUAACCCGCAACAGUGGCAACAUUAUCAGCAGCCUAACGAGAACUUGCACAUGCAGCAGAGGCCAGGUUCUUCCCAAUUGAUGAACGGCUUCCAGUCGCCCAGCAAAGCAGCAGCGAAGCCACCUUCACCUUCUCCGAACCAGCUCAACAUGGCGGCACCAUCCUACACACCACAGCCGCAGUGGCAACCUCAGCAUCCCUACCAGCCACCACAGCAAAUGCAAACGAAUAACUUUGCACAGCAGAUGCAGCGAAGUCCUGAUCUGGCACCCCCUCCGAUACAACGACAGCAACAAUCUCCCGUCAAGUCUUCGCCACCACGAUCAGCUCAUCUUCCCAUGUCCUCUGCUGUGGCCAAUUACCAGCAACAUUAUGCGUCUCACGUGCAAACGCCGCAGAUGCGUGAAUCUCAUGCGAAUGGAGCCUCUCCGAAUGCCACUCAGGUUGCUGUCGACGGCAUGAGUGGCCCAUGGCCUUCGAGAUCGAACGACAUACCUCGAAAGCAUGAUCAGCCUCAGAGCCCUGUGCCCCCUCCCUUGGCACAACGAGUGGGCGACCAAAGGGUACUCCCUCCAGUCACGCCACUUGCGCCAAGUCCUGGCCAGCAGUCGGCGACAGCAGCAAGCAGCGUUCCGGUGAAGAAGAUGCAGUUGUCGCCAGUGAUGUCGAGUGCUGAGUCGGUCGGCCUCCCACCAGUUCUGUCGCCCCCAGCACCCAUCAUCCGGCCCCAGAUCCAGGCUCAACCUCCACCUACACCAGUAACGGUCCACACGCAACCAGGCGCUAUGCAUGAGACGAAGGAAUGAGCGUGGCGGUCUUGGGGACGUGUCUUGGGGACGUGUCUUGGGGACGUGUCUUGGGGACGUGUCUUGGAGACGUGUCUUGGGGACGUGUUUUGGCACUACACGUUGGCUAUUGUCUUGAGGCUUGUCGGAAGGAAGAUGAGAGCUAGAUGAUGCCAGCGACAGGAGUAGAUAAGUCCUUGUAUAACAGGAUUCAGC